UUGUUUAAAUUAAAAAGAAAUGUUACAAAUCUACUGUAGAUGACCUACUUUCCUUGCAUGAAAGUAGGUCAGGCUUGCAGGCAAUACAGACCUCAGUCAUGGCUGUAGCCUUAACAAGGCUGAACAGAUUGGGAACAUCAACCUUGUUUACUAGUCCUACAAAAUAGAGAGGGGACAGAGUUGUGGGUAGGGUUUCUUUUUUAAAAGCUACACAAAACAAAUUUGCAAAUAUAUUUUUAAUAAUCAUUUCAUUUAGUGUUUACUAAACUUUUUUGUCUUGGGACCUACUAAUUCACUACAGGUCUUAUAUCAAGAGGAAUGCAAAUUUGCACUAACCAGUUUUAAUGCCAUCUCCAAAUAAACUUAGCUUAUCUUAAAGCAACCAUUGUUAAGAUAUAUUAAUAUACAUUUGACAAAUCCCAAAUGAGAUCAAAUGAAUGCAUUUAGGCAGCGUUGAUGAAUAAAUUCAUUCAAGUAUCUCGCAGAAGUGAUUAAGUUGAAUUCUCCCCAUUCACACGAGCUCUCUGGUGACAUCAGGACCACAGAAAGCCUUUACAUCUUCCACAGACACACCUCUUCGGACUAUACCUCGACUAAAAACGCUAAGAAAUAGUAGCAUUAUUAUAGUUCAGAGCCAUUAUAAAUACAAUUUAUCUAUAAUAAGUUGUAAAUCGGCUUCGUUUAAAAACUAAAUGAAUGCCAAAGAAAUAAAAUAGCAAAUUAGACGGCAGCAUACAUCAAUAUAUUGAAAAGCAAGAACAACUAUAAGUAUAGAUUUAAAUUUGCCAAACUAAAGUCGAAGACGGCGACCAGGGUUAAAUCGCCCAUCUCGCCGUUCCUCUCUGUGCGCAUGCGCGCUCGGGAAUAAUGAGUCGAUUCGGCAUCUAUUUUAUUUUCCUUUUUUUGCUAAUCAAAAGCCCAAGUUUGAUCCUCUUCUUGUGUUUCGCCAUUUAUGUUUACAUUCAUUACAGGACGCGAUAAGAAAACGGGAGGGGGGAAGAUACAAACUGAUAACAGCUGAUGAUCUCAGGAUGGACCGCGGAUGUCGGACGUUAUCACCACGGUUUCUUUUCAGUUUACAAACACGUCACGGGAUCUCGUCCUUGUCACUGCGUCAAUCUCGAGUGAUGGACUGUGCUGUUCCCGGCCCGGAGGUCGUCCCGAAAAAAAGGGCGUAACGGUUACGUUACCGAGCUGCGAUAAGACGCGAGAGAUGCUCGAUAAGAGACCGGUAUAAGCGCGCGCAUGGAGGACGUCACCGAGCAGCCUGAAGCUGAGCCGCCGCAGAGAGGGGACUCUGCAAAAACGAGCCGCUGUUCUCUGAUCAUACCUAGCAGGAGCCCUGCCCGUGUGUUCACCUCCAUGGGUGUCUUACUGUCAGUUUGGCUGUGCAACAGAGAAGACAGUAGCCCUCUCUCCUCUUCGUCAGCUUUCCCCCCUCUGGCAGUCCCCAAAUCCUCUCGCCUGGCAGUCACUCUGAACUCCUUUCCGGUCGCUCCAGCAGAUGGUCGCUCACACUGGAGCCCGGUGCACCGCUCACCUCACUUCCUGCUGUCGGCCUGCAAACAGGAAGCCACGCGGUCACCCGUUGAGCUGAGCAGCGAUGGGGUGCGGGCAGAAAUGGGGGUGAAGAGCGGGCUUCAUGUGUGGGAGCUGCUGUGGAGCCCCAACGACAGGGGAAGCCAUGCCGUCAUAGGCGUUUCCAGGCAGAGCUGCCCCUUGCAGGCCUCUGGGUACAACGUGCUUAUUGGUCGAGACUCGCAGUCCUGGGGCUGGGAACUCAAAACCAAUCAGCUCUGGCAUGCCGGCAAGAGUCCUGGUACUUACCCAAGAACGAGGAGGAGACGCCACUCUGAGGCUGUGGAGGGUUUUAGGAUCCGGUCUUCCACUUCAUCCCACACAAAGGUGGCACUGACAACUCUUUCUAUCCCUGAGCGCAUCCUGUUGGUCCUGGACGCCGACGCAGGGACUCUGGGAUUUGUUGUUGAUGGCAGCUUUCUCGACGUGGCUUUCAAAGACCUUCCUCUCGGAGUGGAGCUGUUCCCAGCUGUAAGCAGCGUGAGAGGAGGAGCCAUCAUAAGGUUACGAUACCUGAACGGCGCCACGCGUGACCCCCCUGCCUUGAUGGCUCUGUGUGGACUGUCAAUUCGACAGUUUUUAGGGCAAAAGAGGCAAACUGAAAUGGACAAACUGCCUCUCCCCCCUUGUCUCCAGCACUACCUGCUUUCCACCUACUAAUUCAUGCACAAAAAAAAAUACAAUAGGAAACGUUGGUCACGCAAGUGAAACAAUAUAAUUUAUUUGUAUACAUAAUAUAGCCAUACAAAUGGAUAUAUUAUUUAUCUUAUUUAGUUAGUUUUUAAAGCAUUAACAGUGAGGUGUUCUCUUUCUGUUUGUUUCUUUGUAUGUUUAAUAAAUUACUCCCAUUUGAACUGAA